GAUUUACUACCAGUCACUAUCAAUUGCACUAUUGCAAUUAACCAACCAGUCAUUAUCUGAGCCGGGUUGGUUUAUCAUCGGAACUCGUUUGUAGCUUGCAGUUUUUGCUGGUUUAUUAAUGGAGCUAGGUCAUGGAUGAACCGGAAGUAGUCCAGUUGAGUCCUCUUUUGGAGAGUAAGGAAAAGCGACAGGUUCAUAGCUUCGAUGAAGCUCUCAGUGAAGCCGGCUUUGGGAGGGCCCAGAUCGUGCUGACCGUGUUAUGUGGCUUUGCCGUGAUGGCUUCUGCCAAUGAGUCGAUGGGGAUGGGAAUCAUCCUACCGGCCAGUCAGUGUGAUCUGGAUCUGGAUAUGACCCGUAAGGGCUUUGUCGGUGGAGCUGUGUUCUUCGGUAUAAUGGUGUCUACCUAUUACUGGGGUCGCCAGACGGAUCUUCGAGGUCGUCAUACCGUACUCCGGACUACUCUGGUGGCAGCUUCACUGUUUUCUUUGGCCGGUUCUUUUGUCAACAAUUUCUACCUUCUUGUUGUGAUACGUUUUAUGGUAGGACUCUUCAUGUCUGCACCUUCUUCAACGGCCAUCGUCUACCUUGGAGAGUUUUGCCCGGCCCAUCGACGUUCCCAGAUGAUAAUAUAUUUGAUGGCCAUUGCCACUUCGGGUUUUGCCUACGUCGCAGUUAUAGCCUGGUGGAUUUUGUCUUACGAAUGGACCAUCAACGUCACCGAAACUUUCAUAAUUCGUCCUUGGAGACUGCUAUUUGUGUUGAACAGUUUACCGGGUUUGAUAGCUACCCUCAUCCUGUUUUCGUACCCGGAAUCUCCUAAGUUUUUGUUGAGUCAAGGGAAACCAGAGGAAGCUUUGGAGGUUCUCCGUUGGAUUUACCGCAAGAAUAAACGAACGAAAGACCCCUUUCCAGUGCAUGAACUAAAGGUCGAGUCCAGACCAUAUCCCUCGAAAGAAGAAAACCAAGGCGAUAAACCGGGAUAUUUUUCCUCCUUGUAUCAACAAGUGGCACCAAUUUUCGAAAAACCGAAUGGAUUCUACCUUCUGAUUGCUUCGGUUCAAACGUUUACUGCAUACAUAACAUACGGUGGUCUCGGAAUGUGGUUUCCGCAGAUCAUGAACCUGCUCUUCUCGGCAGAAUCCAAAUCGGGAGACAAAUUCUGCUCCCUAAUUUCGCAGAAUUCAGUAAAGCAGAACCCACCCGUCUACAACUCCACUGGACCACCCGAAUGCGUGGACGUCCUCCAUUCGGAAACCUUCGUGUACACUUUGCUUCUGGGAAGCAUUUGCUCGACAGUCGUUAUUCUCAACUCCAUAAUCCUCGGAUACUUCACCGAUCGAACGAUGCUGUACUUCAACAUGUUGAUCGCGGGAUGUGCAGGAAUCGCCCUUCAAUACAUCGCGCAGUCGUACAUCGUUGGGGUAAUGUUCUGUGUUGAAAUCAUUACCGGUGCCAUUAGUGUGGUGCUUAUUCGAUCGCUGCAGGUUUCCAUUUUUCCUACGCACAUCCGUGCUACGGCAAUCGCUUUGACGACACUGGUCGGUCGAGUUGGGCAAGCAACGGCAAAUGUCGUUGCGGGUGUGCUGCUUGUUCAGUAUUGUACGGCGACGUUGUACUUUAUAGUUGUGUUACUCUUUUGCAGUGCAGCCUUGAACGUGCUGUAUCAUAGGUUGGGGAAUAAAUAAUAAGUUU